AUGCUCUUGGAACGGUGUCGGACUGAGUACCCGGGCAUCGCCGCUGGACCGGAUUCAAUAUAUGAGCAUUUAACUGCUGUCUAUGCACGUCUGGACAUCCAUGCCAGCGGCUUUGAUAAUGAGCGCAUCCCCAUUUUGAAGCUCGCCUCGCCAGCGCAGGUUGCCGGCUUGGGGUCAGUGGUACCAGACAGCUUUGACAGCUUACCCCAAGCCGAUGACGCGUUGACUAUACUGCAAAAUUGGAUGGUGCAUCACCUGGUCGCCCUGUUGAUACACAGACGGCAAUCUGAGGAGAGCGCUAGCAUACCAUUCGACCUCGCUCUCGAGACGCUACAGCUCGAGCACCAGUUCCUGCAGUUUGUUGAUGCGACAGCUAAGCUCGCCUCUACUGCAAAUGUUAAGUCAGACACAAUUAUGCAGCAACAUAUUGCCGUGUUACAGAUACAAGCACAGACCUCCCAUGCUAUAUUGGUGGAGCGGGCGAAGGUGCCUGGGUAUGCGAUCGAUCAAUUGAUUGACGAAUCCACCUUCCAAUUCGACAUUGCAUUGUCGAAUGUUUCCGCUUUGUACUCAACUUGGCGGACUGAUGAGUACUCUAAUCGGGGCUUUACUUUAUCCACAAACAUCAUCGCUACAUUAUAUUACAUCUGUAUGAAGACCAAGCAUCGCCCUACGCUACAAACGGCACUUUCUCUUUUACAAGACUCGCCAUUUUCGGCACGAGACGGGCUCUGGGAUGCUAAGACUGCCGCAUCCGUCGUACAGGGAGUCAUGCCAAAGCAGGAAGCAGAAGAAGUGAAACUGGAAGAUGUUGGUUCCGACGUUGUGAACGCUCGCGGUGGUUUGGAUGGAGUCUUUCAGGCGUUACAGAUCAGAGAAAACAACAUGGCAUAA